AUGGCAACACCAAACGUGCAAGAAGAAGCCACCAAACCCGCAAAGAGAAAACCCGUUUUCACUAAAGUGGAUCAGAUGAAACCAGGAACCAACGGUCACACUUUGAUCGCUAAGGUUUUAUCCUCUGAAACUGUCUUGCAAAAAGGACCAAGACCUUCUUCGUCUUCCUCUUCACGUGGUAUCGUUCGUCCUACUCUCAUCUCUGAGUGUCUCAUCGGUGAUGAAACUGGGUCCAUCAUUUUCACCGCUCGCAAUGAACAAGUUGAGUUGAUGAAGGCUGGAAACACCGUAAUCAUUCGCAACGCAAAGAUUGACAUGUUUAAGGGAUCCAUGAGGUUGGCUGUUGACAAAUGGGGGCGAAUUGAGGUGACUGAUCCUGCUGAAUUCGUCGUCAAAGAGGAUAACAACCUAUCCCUCAUUGAAUACGAAUUGGUGAAUGCGGUUGAAGAAUAA